AUGGAGGUGACCCAGAUUAAUCUCAAUCAUUGCGACAUAGCACAACAACUGUUGUGGCAGUCGACAACGGAGUCGUUGUGCGACGUCGUGAUAAUUGCAGAGCCGUACCGAAUUCCUCCCGGUAACGGUAACUGGGCAGCUGAUAAAGCAGCAAUGGCUGCAAUACACGUAAUGGGCAGUAUCCCCAUUGAGGAGGUGAUUUCCAGUUCGUAUGAAGGUUUCGUGAUUCUCAAAAUCCAGGGAAUCUACGUAUGCAGCUGUUACGCACCCCCAAGAUGGACCAUGCAGCAGUUCCACCAGAUGCUUGACGCGCUGACCGAAAAGCUCAUUGGGCGAAGGCCGAUCAUCGUCGCGGGAGACUUUAACGCUUGGACUGUGGAGUGGGGGAGCAGAUGCACCAACGCCAGAGGAUACAGUCGGUUAGAAGCCCUGGCUAAGAUGGAAAUUGCACUGUUCAACGAAGGUACCGUUAGCACCUUCCGUAAAGACGGCCGCGAAUCCAUCAUUGAUGUCACUUUUGGCAGUCCAUCCCUGAUGUCGAACAUAAAUUGGAGGGUCUACGAAGGAUAUACCCAUAGCGAUCACCAGGCGAUUAAAUUUAGUAUCGGCCGACAAAAUCCGGCGAUAAGACAGAGAGCCAGAACCUACGAGCGGAAGUGGAAGACGACGGCCUUUGCCAGGGAUCUUUUCGUCGAGGCGCUCCGGGUGGACAGUGGAAGAUCGAUCCUGAAUGAGAACGAGUUGACAGAUAUAUUGGUCAGGGCAUGUGAUGCUACCAUGCCCAGAAAACAGGAACCGAGAAAAGAGCGGCAACCGGCUUAUUGGUGGAAUGCAGCAAUUAGUAACCAUCGUGCUAGUUGUCUCAGAGCCAGAAGACGCGUCCAAAGAGCCAGAACUGAAGCAGAUCGGGAAGAACGUAGCGCGGUAUUUAGAGUGGCCAGGGCUGCAUUGAAACGGGAGAUAAAACUAAGUAAACGCAACUGCUUCAAGGAGCUGUGCCGAGAUUGCCAUUCGUUAUGGCAAAAGUAA